AUGUCAUCAACAUACCUCAAGCCACCCCCCUCAGCCUCAACCUCCACCCAACGCCAACGCAUCUCGUCAUCCUCCCAUCAACAUUCAGGCCCAGCACCUCCCCCGCGCGCCCCGGUCUCCGUACACUCAACGACCACCGUCUCCGAGACAGCGACUUUCCAUGGCACAUACCCUAUCACAAUCGGCUCGGGCACCGUAAUCCAUCCACGCGCAAAACUCUACUCCUUCGAAGGGCCCAUACAGAUCGGCGAUGGAUGCAUAAUUGGCGAGAAGACCAUAAUCGGUGAUAAUGAUCCAAACGCCAGCUCACCUACAGAUGGUCGUGAUGGAAUACUUACGCGUAUAUCGUCGUCGGUGGUCAUAGGMCCCCAAGCCACAAUUCGCACAGGAGCAUACAUCCGUUCCGCGGCCGUGGUCGAUUCGUUGGCCGUCAUAAACCGCAACGUGACCAUCGGCUCACACACCAAAAUCUGCUCGUCCUGCGAAAUUGCCGAGGAGGCCACAGUUGAAGAUUGGGUUGUUAUCUGGGCUGCUGGAACGGGGAUUGGGCAACGCAAGCGCAGACGGUUUAUAGGCCCUGCUGCUGAAGAGCAGGGUCAUUCGCAUCGGCCGAAUGCGAAGAGAAUUGAAGAUGCGAGAUUGUUGGUUCUGCAUAAGGAGAGAGAAGGGCUGGCGAAGAUGAUUAGUUUGUCUGCUACUGGGGGAACUAAGAGGAGAUAA